AUGUCGAGCAACAACGCAGCAGACAAGGCCAGAGAGACGGCCGACCAAGCAAAGGACUUCGCAGAGCAAGGAAAGCAGACCUUCCUUGAAAAGUUGAAGGAAGAUGGCGUCGUCAAUCCACAAGGUCUGAGCAAGUUCGCCUUCGGCGGCCUCUUCCUCGCCGCCGUACCCGUAACAUCUUGGAUCGCCCAACCCAAUGGUCUCCUCGAGAAAGCAGUCAACGGCGUCGUCAGCAGCGUCGCCUUCCUCGGCUCAGCAGGCUCCACAAGCAGCGUCGCGCAGACCGGCAAGAUCGCAGCUCUCGGUGCGCUCUACGUGACAGUCACCUACGCGAUCUCAGGAGCCGGUAGUGCUGCAGGUGCCGAUGCGGGUAACGAAGGCGGUAGAGACAACAACCACCCACGUGCGCAGACUCAAAAUCUGAAGGGUCUGCCAUUGAGGCUGCAUUCGGCGCAUUACAACUUGAUGGAGAUGUUCCCGGGUUGGGCGAUCAGUGCUGCUCUCGCUCAGGCUAUGGCUCCGGGAGACCAGACUUUGAUCAACCUCUUGGGUCUGCAUGUGUUAAGCAAGGUCUUUGUCUACUACCCGUCCUACCUGUUCAACAUCGGUCUUCCACGAACACUCUCGCACGUUGUGGCAACCGCCAGUGUCAUCAAUGUGGCGCUGAGACUCUCCAAGAAGCCAAUUCUCUAG